CUAUAUGCGCUCGUGUCGGCAGUCUGCUGCAUUCACCCAAGACGGGAAGCGAUUCGUGCUUUGCAUCGUAAGAGGACUCUGUAAAGCAGACCAGAUGAUGGACACUAGUGGGAUCAAGGUGCUGGAGACGGCCGAUGACAUCCAGGAUCGCCGGCAGCAGGUCCUGGACCGGUACCGGCGCUUCAAGGAGCUAUCGGCCCAGCGGCGCCAGAAGCUGGAGGAUUCCUACCGUUUCCAGUUCUUCCGGCGCGACGCCGACGAGCUGGAGAAGUGGAUCCAGGAGAAGCUGCAGAUCGCCUCCGAUGAGAGUUACAAAGACCCCACCAACCUGCAGGGAAAACUCCAGAAGCACCAGGCCUUCGAGGCGGAGGUGCAGGCCAACUCUGGGGCCAUCGUCAAGCUGGACGACACGGGCAACUUGAUGAUCACCGAGGGCCACUUUGCUUUCGGAAUCAUCCGGACUCGCCUGGAUGAGCUGCACCGGCUGUGGGAGCUGCUCCUUCUGAGGACCCGGGAGAAGGGCGAGCGGCUUCUCCAGGCCCAGAAGCUGGUGCUGUACCUGCGGGAGUGCGAGGAUGCACUGGACUGGAUCACCGACAAGGAGCCCAUCGCCACCUCUGAGGAGCUGGGUCAAGACCUGGAGCAUGUGGAGGUGCUGCAGAAGAAGUUUGAGGGCUUCCAGACGGACCUGGCGGCCCACGAGGAGCGGGUGAACGAUGUGAACCAGCUGGCGGAGAAGCUGGUGCAGGAGUCGCACCCCGAGGCAGCGCUGAUCACGCGGAAGAAGGAGGAGGUCAACGCCGCAUGGAAACGCCUCAAAGACCUGGCCCAGCAGCGGCAGACCAAGCUGUUUGGGUCGUCUGAGGUGCAGCGGUUCAACAGGGACGUGGACGAGACCAUCAGCUGGAUCAGGGAGAAGGAGCAGCUGAUGGCGUCGGACGACUUUGGGCGCGACCUGGCGAGCGUGCAGGCCCUGCUGCGGAAACACGAGGGCCUGGAGAGGGACCUGGCCGCCCUGGAGGACAAGGUGAACACCCUGGGUGCAGAGGCGGAGCGACUCCAGCAGAGCCACCCUCAGAACGCCACACAGAUCCACCUGAAGAGGGACGAGCUCAUCGCCAACUGGGAGCAGAUCCGCACCCUGGCAGCAGAGCGUCAUGCCCACCUCAACGACUCCUACAGGCUUCAGCGCUUCACGGCGGAUUUUCGCGACCUGACCAGCUGGGUGACGGAGAUGAAAGCCCUGAUUAAUGCCGAUGAGCUGGCCAAUGACGUCGCUGGUGCUGAAGCCCUUCUGGACCGGCACCAGGAACAUAAGGGAGAAAUCGAUGCCCAUGAGGACAGCUUCAAGGGGACGGACGAGGCUGGCCAGGCCCUCCUCAACACCGGGCACUACGCCUCCGAGGAAGUGAAAGAGAAGCUGGGAGUCCUGGCUGAGGAGAAGGAAUCCCUGCUGGAGCUGUGGGAGCUGCGCAGGCAGCAGUACGAGCAGUGCAUGGACCUGCAGCUCUUCUACAGGGACACCGAGCAGGUGGACAACUGGAUGAGCAAGCAGGAGGCCUUCCUCCUGAACGAGGACCUGGGUGACUCACUGGACAGUGUGGAGGCCCUGCUGAAGAAGCACGAGGACUUCGAGAAGUCGCUUAGUGCGCAGGAGGAGAAAAUAACUGCCUUGGAUGAGUUUGCUACCAAGCUGAUCCAGAACAACCACUACGCCAAGGAGGACGUGGCCACCCGCAGGGAUGCGCUGCUGAGCCGACGUAACGCCCUGCACGAGCGCGCUCAGUCCCGCCGGGCCGCCCUGGAGGACUCAUUCCACCUGCAGCAGUUCUUCCGCGAUUCAGACGAGCUGAAGAGCUGGAUCAAUGAGAAGAUGAAGACCGCCACGGACGAGGCCUACAAGGACCCCUCAAACCUGCAGGGCAAAGUGCAGAAGCACCAGGCCUUCGAGGCGGAGCUCUCGGCCAAUCAGAGCCGCGUGGACGCCCUGCACAAGUCCGGCCAGGAGUUGCUGGACGCCCGGCACUACGCCUUGGACGAGGUGUCGGCCCGCAUGGGCGAGGUCAGCGCCAUGUGGAAGCGGCUGCUGGAAGCUACCGAGCUGAAAGGCAUCAAGCUGCGUGAGGCCAACCAGCAGCAGCAGUUCAACCGCAACGUGGAGGACAUCGAGCUGUGGCUAUACGAGGUGGAGGGCCACCUGGCCUCCGACGACUACGGCAAGGACCUGACGGGCGUGCAGAACCUGCAGAAGAAGCACGCCCUGCUGGAAGCCGACGUGGCCGCCCACCAGGACCGCAUAGACGGCAUCACCAUCCAGGCCCGGCAGUUCCAGGAGGCGGGCCACUUCGACGCCGACACCAUCAAGCGGAAGCAGGAGGCGCUGGUGGUCCGAUACGAGGCGCUGAAGGAGCCCAUGGCCGCACGCAAGCAGAAGCUGGCCGACUCCCUACGCCUGCAGCAGCUCUUUCGCGACGUGGAGGAUGAGGAGACCUGGAUCCGUGAGAAGGAGCCCAUUGCCGCCUCCACCAACAGGGGGAAGGACUUGAUUGGUGUGCAGAACCUUCUGAAGAAGCACCAGGCACUACAGGCUGAGAUCGCAGGCCACGAGCCUCGGAUCAAGGCCGUCUCUCAGAAGGGCCAGGCCAUGGUGGAAGAGGGUCACUUUGCCGGGGACGAGGUGAAGGCCAAGCUGGCGGAGUUGAGCGGGAAGUGGGAGGUGCUGAAGGGGAAGGCGUCCCAGCGACGUCAGGACCUGGAGGACUCGCUGCAGGCCCAGCAGUACUUUGCCGACGCCAACGAAGCUGAGUCAUGGAUGCGGGAGAAGGAGCCCAUCGUGGGGAGCACUGACUACGGCAAGGACGAGGACUCUGCCGAGGCGCUGUUGAAAAAACACGAGGCCCUGAUGUCUGACCUGAGUGCCUACGGCAGCAGCAUUGAGUCCCUGAAGGAGCAGGCCCAGGCUUGCAGGCAACAAGUGGCCCCCACAGAUGAUGAGACAGGCAAGGAGCUGGUGCUGGCCCUCUACGACUACCAGGAGAAGAGCCCCCGCGAGGUCACCAUGAAGAAGGGCGACGUCCUCACUCUGCUCAACAGCACCAACAAGGACUGGUGGAAGGUGGAAGUGAACGACCGGCAGGGCUUCGUGCCGGCCGCCUACGUGAAGAAGCUGGACCCCACGCAGUCCUCGUCCCGCGAAAAUCUCCUGGACGAGCAGAGCAGCAUCGCAGCGCGGCAGGAGCAGAUCGAGAACCAGUCCUUGGUCACCAAGGAGGCCUACAGCGUCUCUGUGCGCAUGAAGCACGUGGAGGAAUUGUAUGGCGACCUGCUGGAGCUGGGCGAGAAGCGCAAGAACAUGCUGGAGAAGAGCUGCAAGAAGUUCAUGGUGUUCCGUGAGGCCAGCGAGCUGCAGCAGUGGAUCAGCGAGAAGGAGAGCGCUCUCACCAGCGAGGAGGUGGCCUCCGACCUGGAGCAGGUGGAGGUGCUGCAGAAGAAGUUUGAUGACUUCCAGAAGGACCUGAAGGCCAAUGAGUCACGCCUCCGCGACAUCAACAACGUGGCGUCGGAGCUGGAGGCCGAGGGGCUGAUGGCCGAGGAGGCGCCCGUCCUGCAGGCGCAGCAACAGGAGAUGUUAGGUGCAGCUCCUGGAAAGGAUCACCCUGAUUCCAAAAAUGUCUCCCCAUGGAAGUCUAUGCGUUUGACUGUACAAACGGUGGCUAGUUUUAACACCAUCAAGGAACUGAACGAGCGCUGGAGGUCGUUGCAGAAGUUGGCUGAGGAGAGGAGCAACGUUCUAGGCAGCGCUCACGAGGUGCAGAGGUUCCACAGGGAUGCCGACGAGACCAAGGAGUGGAUCGAGGAGAAGAACCAGGCCCUGAACACUGACAAUUAUGGCCACGAUCUGGCCAGCGUGCAGGCGCUGCAGCGCAAACAUGAGGGCUUUGAGAGAGACCUGGCCGCUCUGGGAGACAAGGUGAACUCCCUGGGCGAGAUGGCGGAGCGGCUGAUCCAGUCACACCCGGAGGCGGUGGAUGACAUCCAGGAGAAGUGCACAGAGCUGAACGCGGCCUGGAGCAGCCUGGUGGGCCGAGCCGACCAGCGCAAGGCCAAACUGGGCAGCUCCCACGACCUGCAGCGCUUCCUCAGCGAUUUCAGGGACCUGAUGUCCUGGAUCAAUGGGAUUCGGGGGCUGGUGUCGUCGGAUGAGCUAGCCAAGGACGUGACAGGAGCAGAGGCUCUGCUGGAGAGGCACCAGGAGCACCGCACAGAGAUUGACGCCCGCGCCGGAACCUUCCAAGCCUUUGAACAGUUCGGCCAGCAGCUGCUGGCUCGCGGCCACUAUGCCAGCCCUGAGAUCCAGGAGAAACUGGAGGCGCUGGACCGCGAGCGGGCCGACCUGGAGAAGGCCUGGGUGCAGAGGCGCAUGAUGCUGGACCAGUGCCUGGAGCUGCAGUUGUUCAACCGCGACUGCGAGCAGGCUGAGAACUGGAUGGCGGCCCGCGAGGCCUUCCUGGCCGGCGACGACAAAGGCGACUCCCUGGACAGCGUGGAGGCGCUCAUCAAGAAGCACGAGGACUUCGACAAGGCCAUCAACGUGCAGGAGGAGAAGAUCGCAGCCUUGCAGUCGUUCGCUGACCAGCUCAUUGGGGCCGACCACUACUCCAAGCCAGAGAUAUCGGCUCGGCGGAAUGAGGUCCUGGACAGGUGGCGCCGGCUGAAGGCCAAGAUGAUUGAAAAGCGCUCCAAGCUGGGCGAGUCGCAGACCCUGCAGCAGUUCAGCCGCGACGUGGAUGAGAUCGAGGCCUGGAUCAGCGAGAAGCUGCAGACCGCCACCGACGAGUCCUACAAAGAUCCCACCAACAUCCAGCUGUCCAAACUGCUGAGCAAACACCAGAAGCACCAGGCCUUCGAGGCGGAGCUGCACGCCAACGCCGACCGCAUCCGUGGGGUGAUUGACAUGGGCAACUCACUCAUCCAGAGGGGGGCCUGUGCAGGGAGCGAGGACGCCGUCAAGGUGAGGCUCAGUGCCCUGGAUGACCAGUGGCAGUUCCUGGUGAAUAAGUCUGCGGAGAAGAGCCAGAAGCUGAAGGAGGCCAACAAGCAGCAGAACUUCAACACAGGCAUCAAGGACUUUGACUUCUGGCUCUCUGAGGUGGAGGCUCUGCUUGCCUCUGAGGAUUAUGGGAAGGACUUGGCCUCUGUCAACAACCUGCUGAAGAAACACCAGCUUCUGGAGGCUGACAUCUCUGCCCACGAGGACCGCCUGAAGGACCUGAAUGGUCAGGCUGACAGUCUGAUGGCCAGCAACGCGUUCGACACCUCCCAGGUGAAGGACAAGCGUGACGCGGUCAACGGACGCUUCGGCAAGAUCAAGAGCAUGGCCGCUGGCCGCCGUGCCAAGCUGAAUGAGUCGCACCGGCUGCACCAGUUCUUCAGGGACCUGGACGAUGAGGAAUCCUGGAUCAAGGAGAAGAAGCUACUGGUAAGCUCUGAAGACUAUGGCCGUGAUCUGACAGGUGUGCAGAACCUGAGGAAGAAACACAAGAGGCUUGAGGCAGAGCUGGGUGCCCAUGAGCCAGCCAUACAGUCUGUGCUUGACACUGGUAAGAAGCUUUCGGACGACAACACCAUCGGCCAGGAGGAGAUCCAGCAGAGGCUGGCUCAGUUUGUGGAACACUGGAAGGAGCUGAAGGACCUGGCAGCUGCUCGAGGACAGAGGUUAGAGGAGUCGCUGGAGUAUCAGCAGUUUGUGGCCAACGUGGAGGAGGAAGAGGCCUGGAUCAAUGAGAAGCUGAACCUGGUGGGGAGUGAAGAUUAUGGAGACACUUUGGCCGCUGUGCAGGGCUUGCUGAAGAAACAUGAGGCAUUUGAAACGGACUUCACCGUGCACAGGGACAGGGUGAGCGACGUGUGCUCCAACGGAGACGAGCUCAUCAGCAAGAAUAACCAUCAUGUGGACAACAUCAGUGCCAAGAUGAAGGCCCUGCGUGGCAAAGUGUCCGAGCUGGAAAGGGCGGCCGCCCAGAGGAAAGCCAAGCUGGAUGAGAACUCUGCCUUCCUGCAGUUCAACUGGAAGGCCGACGUGGUGGAGUCCUGGAUCGGCGAGAAAGAGAACAGCCUGAAGACCGACGAUUACGGCAGAGACCUCUCUUCCGUCCAGACGCUGCUAACUAAGCAGGAAACGUUCGACGCCGGGCUGCAGGCCUUCCAGCAGGAGGGCAUCACCAACAUCACAGCGCUCAAGGACCAGCUGUUGGCGGCCAAGCAUGUGCAGUCGCGUGCCAUCGAGGCCCGUCACGCCGCACUCAUGAAGCGCUGGAACCAGCUGCUCGCCAACUCGGCCGACCGCAAGAAGAAGCUGUUGGAGGCCCAGAAGCACUUCAGGAAGGUUGAGGACCUUUUCCUGACCUUUGCUAAGAAAGCCUCAGCCUUCAACAGCUGGUUCGAAAAUGCAGAGGAGGACCUGACUGACCCGGUUCGCUGUAACUCUUUGGAGGAGAUCCGGGCUCUCCGUGACGCCCACGAGGCCUUCCGCUCCUCGCUCAGCUCCGCCGAGGCCGACUUCAACCAGCUGGCUGAGCUGGACAAGCAGAUCAAGAGCUACCAGGUGAUGUCCAACCCCUACACCUGGUUCACCAUGGAGGCUCUCGAAGAAACCUGGAGGAACCUGCAGAAGAUCAUCAAGGAGCGAGAGCUGGAGCUGCAGAAGGAGCAGCGGCGCCAGGAGGAGAAUGACAAACUGCGGCAGGAGUUUGCGCAGCACGCCAACGCCUUCCACCAGUGGCUGCAGGAGACCAGGACGUACCUUCUGGAUGGCAUAGCCUAUCGGCGGGUUAUCCAUGUCUAUCAGUACGAAGUCGAUGAUGAUCUUUCUGGAAGGUCCUGCAUGGUGGAGGAAUCGGGGACCCUGGAAUCCCAGCUGGAAGCAACAAAGCGCAAGCACCAGGAGAUCCGGGCCAUGCGCAGCCAGCUGAAGAAGAUCGAAGACCUGGGGGCGGCCAUGGAGGAGGCCCUGAUCCUGGACAACAAGUACACAGAGCACAGCACGGUGGGGCUGGCGCAGCAGUGGGACCAGCUGGACCAGCUGGGCAUGAGGAUGCAGCACAACCUGGAGCAGCAGAUCCAGGCCAGGAACACCACUGGUGUGACAGAGGAGGCCCUGAAGGAAUUCAGCAUGAUGUUCAAGCAUUUCGACAAGGACAAGUCGGGUCGUCUCAACCACCAGGAGUUCAAGUCCUGCCUGCGCUCCCUGGGCUACGACCUGCCCAUGGUGGAGGAGGGGGAACCCGACCCGGAGUUCGAGGCCAUCCUGGAUACGGUCGACCCCAACAGGGAUGGUCACGUGUCCCUGCAAGAGUACAUGGCCUUCAUGAUCAGCCGGGAGACAGAGAACGUCAAGUCCAGCGAGGAGAUCGAGAGUGCCUUCCGUGCCCUCAGUGCCGAGAACAAGCCCUACGUGACCAAGGAGGAACUGUACCAGAACCUGACCAAGGAGCAGGCAGACUACUGCAUCUCGCACAUGAAGCCGUACAUGGACAGCAAGGGCCGCGAGCUGCCCUCGGCCUUCGAUUUCGUGGAGUUCACCCGCUCGCUCUUCGUCAAUUAGUCCCUGCCCCCCCCGCCUGUCAGUGACAAAUCGGAAUGCGUUUUGCCCCCCCCCCCCCACAGCCAAACUGCAUGAUCAAGACUACACAAGUACAGGACACCUCUAUUUACAGUCUCCGGGUUCAGUAGGUUGACCCGCAGUCUUCGUGCUGCUCUACAACGCCGUUGUGAAUCGGUCCGCAUUUUAUCGUGGCGUGUUAGUGGUUUUAAAUGUGCUUUUGCUUGAUUUUAGGCGCUUAGAAACAAGGCAAAGCAACAACAUUGUGACUGCAGUCUGCUUAAUAAAACGCUACUGGUUCUAGCUGAGAAAA